AUGGGCCAAUCCAUAUACUUUUAUGACCCGUCCCUGGCGGCCUCGAUUCUCUUUACUACCAUCUAUAUGCUCCCGUUCGGUUAUCACUUGUACAUGUCUGUCAUCGCCCCGUACAGCGGCAGAUACAAUCACAUUGGAUGCUUCGUUCCAAUCGUGAUCGGCGCAGCAAUCGAAAUUGCGGCGUACGCCAUUCGAGCCGCCAGCGUCAAAAAGCCGGACGACGUUGGUCUUUACGCGACUUCGGCGUCGUUGAUCGUGAUUGCACCUGUUCUCGUCUGCGCAAGCCUCUACAUUUUAAUCGGAAGGCUUAUUGAAUCCAGCUUGAAUAGGCGUGAGAGACCCGGCACGGGAAAACGACCAUUCUUUUUUGGAGGGCGGGUCUCGUCGAUCUGGAUCCCUCGAAUCUUUGUCACCUCGGAUAUCCUCAGUUUCCUCACGCAGGCGUCCGGAAGUGGACUUGCUUCUUCGAACAAUUGGACGGGGCCAACGAAAGACGCUGGUAUAGGGGUGCUUAUCGGCGGAUUGGUUUUGCAGCUUGUCACUUUUGUGCUGUUUCUUGUUAUUGUAAUUUGGUAUGAUGUUCGUGUUGCCCCUCCUUCGUCUCGGAGAGACGAGAAGGGUUCUGGAGUGAGGUCGGUGUUGACGGGUAUAUACAUUGCCGGAUUCUUCAUCACGGUGCGUCUGAUCUAUCGAAUCAUUGAAUUCUCCAUGGGCAUAGGUACCUAUACCUGGAACCAUGAGUGGCCACUGUACGUUCUCGAGGCACUACCAAUGCUCGUUGCGAUGAUCACAUUGGGCUGGUAUCACCCUGCGCGGUGUCUGCCCUCAGGUCUUCCAAAGUCGACGGAGUUGGAAUCUCGUGAAAGACUUCAUGGUUGA